AUGAGGGCACCUACGUUUGUUUCACUUCUGGCUGCUUGUGUGAGCGCUGAGUUGCCCAAUUUAACCUCCGAGCGGGAAAACGAACCUGUUGAAGGGCUGGAGUUGCUCAAAAGGGAAGCUGUGUAUAAUGCGCUGCCAAGCGAAGACUCGAUCGAAGAAAUUAACACGAGAAGCGGAGUUGUAUACGAGCUGUUCCAGGAAGAUAUUAUACUUACAAAGGAGCAAAAGGAGCUAAUGGCUGCGAAUCUCAAAAGGUGCCCACUUCAAAAGGCAAGCUUUCAACGA